UCGAUAUUGUUAGAAGUUUGUCGAACGUUUUCUGGUUUUGUUGCUUGAUGCAUUCUUUUUGAGCUUAGUUAACUAGCUCCUUCCAGGAGAAGUAUUCAAAAUCAUGGGGAAGGAGAAAUAUUCAUCAAUGGGAAUUAUUCAGUUGUAGAACAUGCAAAUUUCGUUAUUGUUUCAAAACAGUCACCCCACAUUUAAGCAAUCGCCCCGCUUACCCAUAAAGUGCAAACUGGCUACACCCUAACGAUAGUAAAACCCAGACCGGAGGAAACCCUCGCCAACAAUAAAAAAGCAAGUCUCGCAGCACACACUGGAACACGAUUUAGUUCACGGCACGACAACACGAACGGCGCACGCGAAUCGGUGAUCCGGAAAGUUUUGCCAAUUUCUUCAUCACGGAACGAUCGGGACAGGGGCAUCUAAAGCGAGAGAGAUAGAACGAGCACCUAAACUAGCGACAGCCAUCUGUGAAGUGUUUUCACCAAGGCAGAAAAGUGCCUGAAGAUAUGCAAUAGUGCGUGCAGUAAACUAGGACACGUUGUGUGCGUUGUUGCUAACCUGGAUACGACGAGACAACAUGAAAUUCGACCAUCGAUAGUGACCAUUGCACGUGCUUUUGGGAAAUGUGACUGUGAAUUCUGGGUCCGAAUGAGCGCAAAGUUUUGGUCGUUAUGAAACCCGAUUGAUUCUCAUGAGGAAAAUUAUGUAGCAAUGGGUUCAUGAACAGUUUAAGCGCAUUGCAAGUGAGGCAUAACAGCGGUGGAAAGGAUACAAGGGUUACGCGCGGGGGUAACGAAAUAACAGCAGUACCACCACCACAACCCAAUCCACUGAAGGCGGAAGGGCAAAGCGCUGCAAAACAACAAAGGAAAAAACUCCACAAGCAAAACUAAGACUAAAACAGGCAGUGCAAUAAAUUCAAAUGAGUACAUCUAAACUACGUGGAAAAUCGGCAAUACAUAUCAAUGACAGCGUAAUCAGUUCAAAUUCCAACAAUUCGCAUAAUACGUUGCUCAAAAUUGAAUCCGUUGUGCCAAAGCUAACGACUCGCGGAAAUAAUUCCAACAAUUUCAGUCACUCAUCUCGACUGAAAACAUUUCAUCGAUCGCACAGUACGCUUAGCACUUCCUAUUUAAAGAAGGUCAGCGAAAAACGAAUUUUCGUGCCUCGUGAAGCAGUAGGUGACAAAGGUAGAGAAUCACCAAGGGACCAACAACCGAAUAGCCAAAACGACCCGCAACCAGAUGGAUCGGUACUGGUCCAAAAUGGAGUCACUACCAUAAAACGUACCGAGAAAGACCGCGACAAACAUCCAGAUCGUGUUAAUCUUGAUCGCAAGGGCCUAAGCUCGAUUCCCAUCAUCGAUGAUGAACCAAACCUACGGCUAUUAUCACUGCAACACAACCUCAUCAACACCUUUCACAUACCAGCAGAGACCGACACGAACAAUAAUGAACCCAAGAUACCCGCAUCAUCUCCACCCUCACCCAAGACGUCACCUACCGGGCUACAAAAGAGCGGUGCGAACUCUUCCAGCAACACUACAGCUAAAGAUAGCCCCGCCUCCAGUCCUACCAGUAACUCCGCAUCCGUCACUGCCGCCUCCACCAACAGUUCCCUGUACAGCACCAACCGCAAUACGAAGCCACUUCUUCGACAAAAAUCCACAUCUCGAAGUCAGCUGUAUUUAAAUAAUAACAACCUAAACUAUCUAGCAGGCAAAGUAACCUUGAGCGCUAAGCCUCUCAACGGUCAGUCCCCGGUAUGUGCCACAAGUCCGACCAACACGUUCCUUCAGAAGCCUUCUUCCAUCCUGAUGAGUGCUCAACAUCGCAACAUGUUGAAGAAAUCCAACAGCUUCAUAAGCAACGCCACACUAUUUCCCUCACCACCAACACACCAGCAACAGUCCUCCAACUUACUGAAGCUCAAAAACAAACUGCUGCUAACACCUUCCUUCAGUAUCGAUAACCUAAAUAGCGCCAACGAAACGACUGCCGUUCACGAAUCCACUAGUAACAGUAACAACAACAGUGGCAAAACCACACCAACCAGCGCAGCCCCUCCAACAAAUGGGGUUAAUCACUACGUCAAUCCGCAAACCCACAUCUCCCCAAUACUUUCCGCUGCCGAGCCACGAUACAACCUCCAGAAUUUGGUAUUCCUCGAUCUGUACGACAAUCAGAUCGAAAAGAUAUCUUGUCUUGACGGUUUGAAAUGUCUCACGGUACUUCUGUUGGGCAAAAAUCGAAUCACCGAUAUCAGUGGACUCACAUCGCUACGUCAAACGCUCCGAGUACUGGAUCUUCACGGAAACAAAAUCUCCAACAUAUCGUCAAAGAUCAAUCAACUGCAAGAAUUGAAAUCCCUCAACCUUGCCGGCAAUCAGCUCCGUCAGAUUCACAGCAAUGACUUCAACGGACUUGUAAACCUCAAAGAGCUCAAUUUGAAGCGAAACCGCAUUAAGAAGAUCCACGGUUUCGAUGACCUACGAAGCCUCGAACGCCUUUGGUUAUGCCACAAUGAUCUGCAGUGCGUCGAAGAUAUGGCUGCCAUUGCCAAAGCAAUCAAUCUCAAGGAGGUCACCAUCGAAAACAAUCCUGUUUCACUAGCCGGAGACUGCGUAUCGUUUUUGGUGAGUUACCUACCCGGAUUAGUUUCGCUUAGUCAAAUGCAAAUCACGGAACAGGUGCGUCGAGCUGCUUCCGCAUGGCGCAAGAAUAAGGAACUAUCCGACAUGAACUACUCAAACUUGUCCACAGAUGUGUGCCAAAGCAUUAGACGCGAGGAGAUUAUUUCCAAUGCCCGCACCAACUGGGAACUGUUGAGGUCGCAGCAGUCAACCGCAUGUCGAAAUGUUCAACGCACCGCUAUCGUUGCCAAAGACGUCGAGAUGGACCUUAACAAUAGUAACCUUUCCGACAUUAACCGGAAUGGUAAAACCAAGAAAUCUCCCGCCAACGUUAACGGAAAUGCUACAAGCAAUAACCAAAGGGCUCCGAGAGCUGCCGUGAAGAAACCACCUCCCAACAAAAAACUAAUCCGUUCAUCUUCGCAGGAUAAUUCAGGUUCGCAACUGUCCGAACAAGGAGGCGAAGAUUACUUUCGACUACCACCAAUUCUUGCGCCAUUCCUUGAACAGACUCCAACUACUAUUGCCUCGUCUAGCAAAAUAGAGUCAUCCGAAUCCAGCAAUGGCCUACACCCGGACUCUAGCAUCUCCAGUGCAAUCAGUUCCGAUAACGAGGAGUUGAACGUCAAGGAAAUCGAAAAAGAUGUGAUGGUUGACAGUACUGUUGUUACCGAAACCAUUGAAACUCCUGCAAAAAUGAAUGAGUCUCCACCGCCACAGGAUUUUCCCAGUGAGAACCCUGAAAAAAUACAAGAAAACGGAAAUAGUAAUUCAGACUCCGGAAGAGGAACGUCUGAAACAUCCUCUAGCACGAAUCAACUGGACGAACUGAACAACGACAAAGUCUCCACUCUAUCCACCACAUCCAACAAAACAACUUCGGAUUCGGUUAUAACAACAUCUUCCAUCUCGGAAAAUGAUUCUAACCGUGCAACUAUUUCGCAAAAGCCGAAAACCGUUGGACCUGUGAAACGGUACGGAAUUGGGACAUUGGUUAGAACAAACACCACUCGAAACAAUACAGUCUUGAACACGGUCAACAAUUUAGCAAAUUCAUCAAACCUGGCGAACACAACUACGGCCAACUCUAACCCGUCAGCAACUUCCAGUAUAUCUGGUACUACCACAACCAACAACAGCUACGUGCCGCCCUCAAAAUCUAAACUUAACGAACGCGAAAGAGAGCAAGGUGGUGACUAUCUCAUAGAAAUUUGUGGACGUUACUUGAACGUCUACGGGAUGGGUGCCCUCAAGUUCAUCGACAAACAGUGGAAUAUGACGAAAGCCUCCGAUGUGCACACGGUCAAGUUCAGCUAUAUAAACUUCAACAGCAUCACAGCGAUUCUCUGCCGGAUAAAGAUCCGUUUCGUCAACGCCGAGAACUUUAUCUUUCGUGAAACGAACAUCACCUGUCUGGGUCAAAUCAACGCACUUGCCGAAAGUCAAGGGAUAGCUUCGUUGACUAUCGACCCAGAAGGCAAUCCAAUCACCAGCAAACCUUGGCGCAAUUAUGCCAUCUAUCGAUUGUCCCAUUGGGGCUUAAAGCAAAUCAACGGCAUAGAAAUCACCGAAGAAGAGGUCCAAGAUGCAGAAAUUAUGUACGCCGGUCUUUCGGAUCUGGUAUUAUGGUCUUUGCCAGAAGGUCUGCUACAACCUCUUCUGCAGCGGUUACGACUCGAGGAAACUGCCCAUGCCACCAAAAUGACCGCCAAGGAAUGGUUGAUGCAAGCUGAUUCUUCACUGAAGAACAUCGUCGGAAAGGAAGCACUUCAGUGGAAGAAACACAGCACCAGCCAAGAUGAUGCCAUUAUGCGUGCCAAGGGAAAGGCCUAUUUCGCACGAAUGCUAGACAACACCUGCAAUGCCGUUGAUAAACUGCAACAGCUGGAGCACACGUGGCCCACACUGUUGAUGGAGCUGAUACGCAACACCUUGAUCGAUUACUCGCAGAUUGAUGUCUACGUGCGAAACAUGAUGCUAGAGCUGCUGAAAUGAUGUACUGCCGCUGGAAGAUCAUGUCUUUCCAGCACAACUGCCGCUAAUACAACUACUACCACUUCUACUACUGCUAUCACUGCAAAUACGACGAACCCUGCAACGACCAAAAGGGUCCUGGUACUGAGACGAAUCAAACAACGUUGCGAGAAACAUUAGACCGCCUUUUCAGGGUGUGUCAUCUGUGUUCAAUCCCCGAUGAUUACGAAUCGCGGAGAAUCGAAGUCGUACGGCUCCGUGCCGUAACGGUUAUUGAUCAAAACCGUCCUGUAGAUUUUUACUUUUUCUCCAAUUAUUGGCUAUUUUGUAGAGCACAAAGAUUGCGCUAGAAAAACGUAGAGUGAUAGAUAGAACGUCCAUUAGCAGCAGGUUUGUUUUAGUUUACUAAGCAUUGCUACCGAAGAAUUUCUCAAUUACACGGUUAGAUUGUUUACCACCUGUACAAAUACAGUUAUUUCAAACAACAAUAAAAAGAUUCUCAGAUGCUGAA